AUGAAAUCUUCAAAAAUGGACUCUAUGAAGCUAAAGCAUGAUAUCAAUCCAUUGCUUCUUUUUUUUAUAAACUUUGUAAUCUUGCUUUACACAGUUAUAACUUUUAUUCCAUGGUAUUUAUUUUCUGGAGCAAGACAUGUCAUAGCCAAGUCAAAGCAAAUUAAAGCUAAACCUGUGAGUUGCAGGCCAGGCAGUGCAUACAGAUCUGUUAACAGUUUGCAUUGCUUAGCAUCUGUAUUAUACCCUGGUUGUGAUACACUCGACAAAGCUUUCAAGUAUGCUAGGAGUAAAUUUAAGGACAGAAAACUCCUGGGAACACGGGAAGUCUUGAAGGAGGAAGAUGAAAUCCAGCCAUCUGGAAAGGUUUUUAAAAAGGUACGCUAUGUUUCCGUCUUUUUUUAAAACAUCCCUUUUUAAAUGGAAUGUGAAGCAGAGGUGAGGAACCUGUAACCCUCCACAUAUUGCUGAACUACAUCUCCCAUCCUCCCUGCCUAUUCGCCAUACUGGCUGGCACUGGUGGCCUUUGGGAGUCUGCCAACAUCAGGUUCCCCACUCCUAGUGUAAAAUAUUUUAUAUUGUAAGGAAGGAGUAUAGACAGUGUAUGUGCAGUCAUGGUAUGGAAAGCAGGCUAGUGUAUGUUUUUGCGGCAAAUUUAAAUAUAAUAGUGCUCCUUGGUAAGUUUGAUUUGACAGAGGGAAGCAUGUCUACUGUGUGGACCUUUUCAGAACAGUUGGCUACAGAUGAGUUCUCACAAAUCUUCUCCUGGGUCUUGAUGGAUAAUUUGUAUGUUUGCUACCGUUGGGUGUGAUAGUGCAGUCUCAAACUUCCAGUUUGAGGUGGGUACAUUUUUUAUGGCUGAUGGUCAUCUACUGUUGCUCUAGUUUUUCAAACUUUGUUGACUUGCACCCUUGCUGGGAGAAGUUCCCAGGCUUUAAAUGGUGGAGGGGACAAGAAGGAAAGGAUGCCCGUGGCAGCAAUCGCCUGGAAUCUUGGAGGGCCCCCACAGGCCGCACAAUAGUUUGUGUGAAAUAGCACUGUGGGAAAUGGCUGGAGACUUCAGACUUGCUUAUGAUAGUAGAGAAUCACUGAUGCAUGGCUUGAGUGGGUUUUUACUUUGUUUUCAUGAACCUAGAAAUCCCAUUGCCAAGUUACUGAUGGCAUCUGCUCCUCCCUCUUUGACGCAUAGCUGUCAACUUACAGAUUUGAAAAUAAGGGACCAGCAGCCUUGAAAAUAAGGGACCUGCAGCCUCACCUGUUCCAGGCACUCCAGUCUUCCUGUCCUCCUGCAAUCUGGUCAAACUCAUGCUGGUAGCUUCGAGAACACUGUCCAACCAACUUUGUAACCAGAGGUUCAACUGAAUAGAAUCUGAAUCACAUGCACCACGAGGCCUAGGCAGCCUCAACUUAAGAUGGCUCCCCAGCCUGGCUUUGCACUGCAAAGUUUGCAGCAGCACGUGCAACAAAAUGGCGUCCAGCAUUCAAAAACCCCCUCAGCUUGCAUUAACUAGCCACACACAAGGCAUGCAAGCUCCACCCCCCAGUCGUUCUUAGACUUCUUAUUGGGUGAGCAACACAGCCAAGCAACACAGUUGGAGCCUGCCUCCUCCCUGGCCAGCAGGGAGGGAGGGAGAGGAGCUGUUUCCUUUGAAAUUUAAGUGACAUCAUUUAAGGGACAUCCAUCAGUAAGGGACAGCAGCGGGACAUGGCGCUGGAAUAAGGGACUGUCCCUUCAAAUAAGGGACACUUGACAGCUAUGCUUUGAUGACUGUCCUGAACGCAAAGAUCUGUUUGCCCAAGUUCUCCAUACACUGCAGAAAAAAUACUUGUAUUUGACAGACCAACACCUCCCAACUCCAAGUCCUUUGACUUUUUCUCUUGGUUCAUUUUGGUGAAGGAAAGAAUCGGUGUAAGUUGUUCAUGCCACAUCUUUUUCUUCUCCAAAACAGUUCGAGGUGCUCUAGUGGGCAUUUUGGUGUUGGUAGACACUUCCAUGUGCAGGAGUUAAACUCAACAUUCUCAAUUUAGUUCCAGUGCUUCAAAAAUAUUGGCCCAGUGCAUAUGUAAACCCAAGACAUAGUUUGACUUAGUGCAAACAAGCAAACUGCCACAUAAAAUAAUGGGACAGUUUUGCUCCUCCCUGAUUGUUUUGUCGCUGUACUGAACCAGGCCAUGGUUUGGAUUAAUGUGUCAUUCAGACAUGGGUUAGCUCUUUUCAGACAUGCCAAGAGCUGUGACAAAAGGUUGCCCCAAGAUUCACAUUUUGUGGUUUGUCUGGAGAGCUAAACUAGGAGACUGGGUUCAAAUGACAACACAAAGCCAAAAAAUGGCUUAGCUGCACAGCAAAAUGGCCAUUACCUGUGCAGGUAAUGUGAACAACGACGCUGUAAAAGGGAGGAGUGCUCUUGUGAUUUUAAAGUCUGGGUGAUUAAUCCCUUCCUAGCAUGGAGGUACAGGUUUCUUAUAGAUCUGUUCAGUAGCUGUCUUUAUUUUCUGUCCCAGCAGUCACUUUUAACUGUCCAUUUAAAGUCUUCUGUUUCUGGAGAAUCACGUAACUGGGAUAUGGUGUUAAACAUAGCUUAAAUUGUGCCUAUAGAGUAGCAUUGUUAGAAUUGAGAAGAGGUAGGAGCGCUCAUUAGUGCAACAGCUGCUACUCUUAUUAAAAUUGUUGUUAUAACUAUUAAUAAAUAAAACAAACCAAACGUUAUACACUGAACCAGCUUUUGACUUUCCUACCAUUUUCUUAAAACAAAGGAAAUUGUGUUAAUGCCUGGCCAGUCCAUCUUCAGGGGUCUUUUACCAUCCCCAUAUAGAGAGACUGGGGACUAACCUUGGACCCUCUCUAUGUGCACUACUGCUGAGUUAAGACCCUCCUUCCCACAUUCAGCAGCAGUGCAGGGAGCUCAUCCAGUGAACAAAUUAGUCAUAUUGCCCUUGUACAACUGCUCUCUAACCUAUUUUUUAUCCUCUUAAGUUUCUUCUUGUUGCAUAUGGAGAAUUUUAAUAGGAAGCACGGGCUGUGUGCUCUUGGUUUUUUAUAUACCCUUGAAUGUAAGAUGAGGAAAAAAGUACGCCACUCCUUGCUUGCAUUCUCUCUUCCUGCCAGAGGUCUUGACGCAGGGGAUGGAUUGGUGAUCAUUGCGGGCAGCCACAAAUACUGGCUUCCUAGUGAGUCCAGCUAAAACUUGCUAUUCAUGAGCAGCGAGGGCUUGUGAUUCAUAAAUGUGCAUGACCCUCAUCCUGGUUGGCUUGAAAAGUUACAGAAAACAAGUUGUUACUGCCUGCACACUGCUUUUGAGCAUAGAUUAACAUUUUAGCUACUUAGUAAGUUUAUUUUCUAAGCAUAAUUAGUGGAAUGAAUGUUCAGUAUGAGGGAGCUUUAGGCCAUUCUGUUAUGCAAGUUAUUAAACUACUUGGCAGUUGCAAAAUGCAGGGUUGGAACUGCUUAUUCUCCUCUUAUUUUUCUUUUUAAGGGAAAGAUGUGGGGACAGGGAAGAAUGAUCUGAUUAAAAUGUUGAGUUUAUCCACUGGCGGACCACUUUUGAGUUGUGGGAGCAUUGUAGUUCUUUGGCCCUGAAGUGCAGCCCAGGACAAGCUUUUCCAGGACACUUCAGCCCACUUGUCCUUCCUCUAGCAGACUGGUCAUCUUAGUUUCCCUACUUUUUAUAAGAAUGUGUCUGGCAAAGCUUUAUGAAGGGCUGUCUUCCUUUCUGAGCUUCUGUUUGACCCCCCCCCCCCCAAGCUGGAUCUGGUAAGUGAGAAGAAAGAGAAGUGAGAGUUCAGUUCCUUGCCCCUUACACUCUAAAGCAGCUUGGAUAAUGUCAAGGGGCGACCGUGAACUCCACAGAGCUGACCUCCUCUCCACAAUUGUGUGUGCCACUUUUUGGGGUGGGGAGAACCGAUAGAACCUUCCAAGUUGCUCCUGCCCAACCUCCUGCAGAGAAGUGAGUCACAUAACUGGAACACUUAUUCCUUCAGCAAGCCUCAUUCUCCCAGCUCCACGUCAGUCUUAACAGGGUGGCUAAAAUAGGGAAAAAGGAGUUGUCAGGCUGCAUUUGGUACAGCUCACAUAAAGUAUUUUAAAAGCCAUAUUGGCUUUUAUUGAACGUGCUAGACCACUGAAAUGGUGAGCGUGGUGUGAUGUUAAAAACAGGUUCAAAUAUGCAUGCAGAUAAGUCAUUGGAUAAUUUUUGUUACUGCUUUCAGCCUUUUAGCUAAGAUCAAGUGUAGAUUUAUAUCAUGCCCCGUCAUCACCAGGUUUCUCAGGGCAGUUCACAAAUACAAAUACAAUAACCAAAAACAAACAAAAACCAAGCUGUAAAAUACAACUAAGACUCAUAGCCUCCAAUUCAUCUGUGCUGACUUUUAGAAACAUGCUGAAAACUUUUCUGUUCCUCCAGAACUAUGCAUGUAGUUAAGAGUACACCCCCCCAUGGUCAAUUGAUGUAUGCUUUUAAUUUCUAUUUGUUUUAAACUAGUUUUUAACUUACUAUAAUUUUAUCGUCUGGUUUUAUGUUGUUGUAAACUGCUGCAGUAUAUAGAUAGAUAGAUAGAUAGAUAUUUAUGAGACAUUAUUUAUAAUACUAAUGUCAAGAAGGCUCUCUGGUGAAUAGCAAUCAGAAUAAGCACACUUGUUGCUAUUCUGUUUUGUUCCAUAUGAUGGCAGUAUUGGAUAUGUUCUAGUUUAUUUAAACACAAACAAAAAACCCCAAGUGUAGAUUAUAAAAUCCUGUUUAUUUUCAAGUGCAUAAUUGCUGGUGAAUUUAACUGCUUGUCUUACUUUUUCCUUCCAUUACUGAAAUUUAAGAGCUUAUGCAUAAAAAUCUAAAGUUUUUGGGAAUAUUUACAACAAAAUUCUGCAUUCCCAUCUGAGAAUUGUUUAUUUCUUUUGUACUGAAAAAUAGAAUUUUAUACAUUUAGGAGAAAAUUGCAGUGCAGUAAAUGUUUGUAAUCUUCCUCUGUGUCCUAAGUGGCACAUAAGGUUCAUAAUUUUUGUCAAAACUCCUGUAUGGAAUCUGAAGAUGAGGCUUUCCUUUUAAUUCAAUGAAGGAAUGCAAGCUGAAGGGUGCAAGUUGCCAUUUUGUGCAUGUUGAUUUGAAUGGAGGUCUCAUUGACGGCAGUGGGGGCUUACUCCUAGCAGGUCUUCUUAGGAGCACAACCUUAGUAACCUCAUGGCCACAUUGAAAUUUACUUUAUUUUUGAUCACAGCAGAGACUCGUAUUUGUACUUAAGUGUUAUAACAGAAAGCACACACUAGAGAGCAGUGCUUAUCUUUUUAUGCUCAUUUUUGUUGAACGCUUUUUGCUUGUGUGGCGCAGCACUAGGUAAAUAGCCUUCUGUGUGUGAAAUUGCAUAGAUUAGGCACCCCAGUCUCUUCCUAUUAAAGCUGCUGUCGUGGUGUGAGGCAGGGGGCUGGCGACCACACUCAGUUCCUCAGUGGAGGAGACCAAGAGCAAGGCCGGUCUGGGAUCUGGCGCAAACACUGUGCAGCAUGGGCCCCUUACCCACAGUUGCUACUCCGUGUAGGAGCUUUAACAGGAAAAAACUGUUAUCUGUUUUGCUGAUCUGGAAACCCAUAGCCUAGAUCAGCUUUUUUAGGGAAAAUGGACCACAGUUUUUGCAAUCGACCGGUUGGACAUGCCUGGCCUAGAUGUAUUAGUAACUUCAGUCCUUUUUUUUAUAAACACAAACGUAGUCCAAAAGGCUGGUAUGAAUCUGAAAAUCAAAGUUGUUAUUGGGUUUUCAAUCUGAAAUGUCUAAUUGUUGAUAACAACGAACACCCUUUGAAAUCCCUUUGAAAUUUAAUUGAAACCCCUCCUGAUGUUGUGAGUGGCAAGACUGCUUUUGGGAAACUGCCUGUUGCAGUCCUAGCCCUUGGUUGGCAGCGCACUUGCGCUAGCCAAGGCAGGAGGUGGGGUCCAGGGGCGAAUGCCCCUUUGUGGGUCAUUUGUGGGUCAUCUCUUUGGCUGGUACAGCAUGGAUGCUAAGAUUGGGCCUGUCACUAUCAUGUGGCGGUGGCAAGUCUGCAUAGGAUCUUCUGUCAUCCCAUCCCCACUCCAAAAUGCCCUGCUUCUGGGGGGUUUCUGGUGGAGUUACUACCGCUGGUACAUUCCACCUGCCAUUUGUGUGGGCACUUUGGGGCACCCCUCACCAGCAGGCCUUCCCCAAUGUCGGAGGCUGGCAGAGUUUUCCUGAUGGUGAAGGCCAAAGAAGCCGUGCAGCACUGAGUAGAGGACCCCUCUGCUCUAUUCAGUAUCCUCUCCAGCAUGGUGGAUUGGGGCUUGGGAUUGUUUAACACCUGAAUUCUUCUUGAAUAGCACUUACAGAUAAUUGAUACAAUUCUGAUACCGUAUGGGCUCGAAUAUAAGCCACACCCGCAAAUAAGCCACACCUUUAAAAUUCAAAGGGGGGGGGAGGAAAAAAGACAAUACUUGAAUAUAAGCCACUCCCUUAAAAUUGGGUUGCAGGCUGAAAAUUGCUGCGGUUGGUAGAAUUGUAACUCUUAGCCAAUUUAAGGCUUUGAUCUUGCAAGCCCACAAAAGUUACCGUACAAUUGCUAAAAGUGCAAAUUGCAAUUCAAUUGCUACAUUUCCGCAGGCACUCACACCCGCAAAUGGCAAAUGAACCGUCUUAAGCUCUCAAAUAGGCAAUGACACAUUUUUUUGUUCCGUUUCAUCGUAUGUCUGUUUCAGCAGUGAUAUCGUAAAAGCCCAUUUUUGUAAGGUUGCGAAUUUAAGCCGCACUUUCACUUUUCACGGUCGGAAUUUGGGGGAAAAAGUGAGGCUUAUAUUCAAGACCAAUAUGGUAUUUGGUAUAACAAAAUUAAUCCAUUCACUUGACUAGGGAGAUAAGAAACAGUUCCGUACCCUUCCUUUUCUGUAUUGUAUUUUUAUUCAUAUAGCACCACUUUGCACGGUAAGUUUUGGAAAGUAACCUAUGCAAAAUGUCAUGUCUGCGUCUCAUGGGCCUUUCAAUCUAAAUAUUGUUAGACAGGAAAACAAACAUGGAGAUGAAAGACAAAGGUAAGCAAGUACAUAGAAAUGCGGUUAUGCAUGCUUAGGCUUGUUUGUGAUUUUUUUUUAAAAGUCUUUUUUUUAUUAUUAAGGUUAUCCUUGGAAAAUAUAUGUGGCUCUCGUACGAUGAUGUUUUCAAUAAAGCGAAAAAAUUUGGAGAUGGAUUAACUGUGUUGGGCAUUCAACCGAAGACGAACAUUGCCAUCUUCUGUGAAACUAGAGCAGAGUGGAUGAUCGCUGCCCAAGCUUGCUUCAUGAAUAACUUCAUACGUAAGCAUUUUUUUAUGGCAAUGUCAGUUUUUUUGUGUGCUUUUGGAUACACUGAGAAGGUUUUCCUAACACUUUUAAUGACUUGUGUAGGGCAGCUACUAUUGUCCCUAAAUUAGUAUGAUUAAGUUUUGUUUUGAAGAUUCUUCCUCUGUCUCCUCCUAGGACUUGGGUUGCCAUCUCCAUGGAAUUGCAAAGAUACCAAUUCCUAGGAUGAGCCGAUGGUUAACCUUCUGGCUUUGGGAAGGGUGGGAAAUUCCCUUUCUCACACAGCCUUUCUUAGGUUCGGUUUCCUCCAAGCACAUGUGACAGUUUUGGAGGGCAGGCAGUUUUCUUCCAAGCAUCACACUUCUUUCCAGCCCGGAAAAUCAUCGUUACAAGUCCAAUUCCAGUUCAUUUGUGCAAGAGCAGUGCUUCAGCAGUGCUAGAGCAUUAGGAAGAACUUUGUGACAGUAAGAGCUGUUUGACAGUGGAACGGACUACCUUGGAAGGUACUAGGCUCUCCUUCAUUGCAGGUUUUUAAGCAGAGGUUGGAUGGUCAUCUGUCAGGGAUUCUCCACUUAUAAUUCCUGCAUUGCAGGGGGUUGGACUGAAAGGCCUUUUGGGUCUCUUCCAGCUCUACAAUUCUGUGAUUCUAAAGGACACCAAUAAAAGCAUCUUCCUUGGUAAGAGGCAGAGAACAAUGUCUGUAGAAGACUGAACAAUUCUUUCCGAUUUUUAUAUAUUUGUAUUGUAUGUUCUCACCAAAAAGUUAGUAGGAGCAAUUAAAAGACCCUUUCAUGGUAAAAACAGCAAACGUAUAUGAAUGAAAUUUGUUUCAUUCAGAGAACAGUUUUGCAGAAUGUUAAAUUACAACUCAAAAGAGAAAUCACUUAAAGCCCAAGUAGAAAAAGGAACUGAGACUGGUAUAAUAGGCCAUUGUAAGCAAUUGCAAAAAGCACUUUGCAGAUUUGGUAAUUCUUCCUUGGCAGAUUAUUAUAUAUAGCUUCUCUAUAGCUGUGGGAGUAGCUUGUUACAGCUUUUCUUUCAACGGAAGCUUUGCUGCUUCUGUCUCCCCUCAUAGUUUUUGCUCUAAUUACUUCAGUAUAUUCUGAGGAAAAUAGAACUGACACCCAUAUAAAAGGAAAGCAUCUCUUUGAAUGUAAGCUGGACAUGUAACAUGUAUCUUUGCAAAAUCUCCACAAGCUUUGCGUGUAGUACUUUUGCUACUUUCUGGAGCUGCAGGGCUUGGCAAGAGCAUGGUCCAGGCUUGGGCAGUAGCCCCCUUCUCCAGUGUAAAGAUGCAGCUUUUGGAGCUAAGCCAGUGGCAGGAAGUGGCUGCUGACAGGGGGGCUGCCUGCUAUUGUUUCUAGACCAGGAAUCAAUGACAUUGUGCCCUCCUGAUGUUAUGAACUGUGACUCCUGUCACUCCCAAUUAUCAUUGGCUGUGCUGGUUGCAGCUGAUGAGAGUUGUAGUCCAAAAUUCUGGAAAGUACCAGUAUCAUGGCUACUUCUGUUCUAGACGAUGGAAUAAAAGAAAAACUAGCACAGCUUCCAUUAUUGUACAGGCUAUGUAGUGGUAGUUGCUUCCUCCUCCUCCUCCUCCUCCUCCUCCUUCUUCUUCUAACACCCUAUACCCACAGGUCUCAGGGUGUUUCACAGGAUAAAAUCACAACAUAAAACCACAAAAUAUACUUAAUCAAAAUAAAGACAAGAACAACCCAAUGGUAGGGAGAUUGUAAGCUUAGAGGAAGUUCAAGCUUGACAUUCCCAUCUUCCAUUUUUUGUUGUUCUUUUCCAAAUGAUACUUGGUGUGUCUUGGUUACUGAGCAUGCUCAGUCCCCCUUUUUUUUGGCAGUGGGGAGAGACUCAUUAUGGCUCUUUAUUUUUAGGGUUUUUAAAAAAGGUAGUUUAUUAAACCUUUGCCUUUCCCUGUUCCUCAGCGAAUGAAUGUUUUCCCCUCCGAGUACCAUUUCUGUCAGCACUCCGCAGCUUAGUUCACUACUAGAUUGAGUGAUGAUCUUUGCUUCUUUUUUAUUCAUUAAUCUCACAUCUUUAUUGUGUAGCCAAGGGCUCUCACCAAAUCAUACAAUACUACAAUAAAAAAGUGCACCUCAUAAAAAAUUGCAGUAUCCGAUAUCUUUUACAACAAUAAAAAAUUCAACACUCAUAACCGUAAACAUUUCCUAGAAAAAAAAAGGAUUUUACCCACUCGCAGUCGUAUUCUGCAUUUAGUUUCAGAGCCAACAGUUCUCUGCUAUCUGUGACUUGCUUCAUCCACCUUGAUUAUUAAAUCAUUCUGGCAAUCAAGCAUAUGGGAUUUCCAUGAAUCACAAAUAUUGGAGUUGCAAGGAACCCUGAGUGUCAGCUAAUCCAACCCCCUGCAGUUAGGAAUCUCAAUUAUUUUAAUAGACAGAAUCACAACUAGAAAGCUAGCUGAGUCAAAUAUGAUCUGAUAACUACUAGCUGACUUGGCUGCUUCUGCUCUGCAUCUUCCUUCCCUCCAUGUUCAUCUCUGUGGUUCCAUGGUAAGUUCCUCCUCCAUAACCACCUUGUUCACCAGUAUGCCUUUACCUGGCCAUGCCUGUCAUAGUUAUGUAGAGUUUAGUUCCCUCCUCCAGCGAUCUGUGGAGCACAUGGGGCAUGCACAAUAUCCUCAGACCUCUUGGAAUAUGUUUAUGAAAGUAAUGGAAAUGCUCCUAUACUCCAUUUUAUAGCUGCUUGUAACCCUGUAAUACUGUACACAAAUACAGUACAUAAUGCAUUUCCAGUGCAUUCUCUCCCUUGUCAAACACUCAAUAAUUGAAAACAACAGCUAUCCACAUCACAUUUGCAAAUCCUUAUUGUGAAUCAAUAGAGACUUAAGUAUCAACACAAGUAAUAUCUACUUUGGUUCUAUGGCAUACACAAAUUAUGGUUUGCCUAGGUUUGGGUGAAAUUGCAAAUUAUUGUUUGCUGACACCUUGGAGCUAAGAGAGGUAAUCAGAAUUGUUGUGUGGUAAUAAAGCUCAUAGUCACAAAGCCAUCGUUCAUAAUUUGGCAUGACAUCUGAACUAGCUCAGUACUUGCCUGCAGGGGGCAUUGUGGAAAACACUGCUGCAAAGAAAUAAAUUACACUGGAAGGCAGCAUUAUGGAUAGUCCCCCCCCCCCCUCUGUUUGCCUUAAAAAAAAUAAGGAGAGUUAUUAAAGUACCCAAAAGCUGGAUAGAUAGAUAGAUAGACAGACAGACAGACAGACAGAUAGAUAGAUAGAUAGAUAGAUAAAAAGCACCAUCAGAAAUACUGCAAUUCUGUGGCAAGUUCCACUUAAGACCUUUAUAAAACUUUUAACUUUCAAAAGGGUCCGUUUAAGGUAACGUGAUAAUGUAGGGAAAUGCUGAAAUGUGUGGAAUCAAGAAAUUUGCAUUUGAAAGGGGGGUUGGUAGGAAGGGAGAUGGUGGGGAUUUAAGUGGAUGUUUCAAGUUUCUGAGACGUGCUUCAGCUCACAGCGUGACACAGCAUUUGGUGAUGUCAAAUGAAUGAACUUGGCUGACUUGCUUGCUGGCAGAUGGUAAUAUUGUCAUAUGCUUUUCACGUAGUCGUUUCUGAAACUUGAGUUGCAGGCAGUGAAACGCAACGAAUUAAAUUUUGUUUAAUUUUUCAAGGAAAUAUGUUUGCUAAUCUAGAUUUGGCCAAGUACUGCUCUUCCUGAAUAGGCCUGAUAUAACUGUGCUUAUUUUUUUAAAUCUUCAUUCUUCUGUGGCACAUGUCCCCUCCAUCUACUAACUGCAUUUUAAACUUCACUGUUAUUUUAAAGGAUUUUUCUGCCUGAUUGUUCUGGUAGCUUAUGUGCAUAUUUAGCCAAAACUGCCCUGAUUUUUGUUCUUGAUAAUAUUUUAUUCCUUAGAGAUAAGUGAAUGAACACUGUUCACGGUCCAAUGGGACAAACAGUAGAGCAUGUCCCUUAAAUUAGCCCCACCCUCCCCUGCCCAGAAUUAAUUUCUUUAAGCACCGUAUUUUUUGCUCCAUAAGACGCACUUUUUUCCUCAUAAAAAGUAAGGGGAAAUGUGAGUGUGUCUUAUGGAGCGAAUGGUGCUGCGCAGAGAGGGAGAGCUGCGCAGUGCCCCUUCAGUGAAGCGGGAGGAGGAACAGGAGGGGCUCCUUCUGUUCCUCCUCCCCACUUCGCUAAAGGGGUGCUGCGCAGUUCUCUCUCUCUGCGCAGCACCCCUUGAGCGACGCGCCUGUCCUGCGAAGACAGAGGAGGAACAGGAGGGGCUCCUUCUGUUCCUCCUCCCACUUCGCUGAAGGGACGCUGCGCAGCUCUCGCUCUCUGCUCAGCGCAGUGCCUCUCCUGGCUUCUGCCUUAGCCGCUCGCAGCCUCUUCGGGCAGGGGGAGCCUUCAUCCCGCUGCCCUGAAGAGGCUUGGCAUGGCUAUCCCAUAAGCCAGAACAGCCAGAGGCCAUCCCAGAAGCCAGAUCCCUCUUGCUGUUCUGGCUUCUGGGAUUCAGAAUAUUUUUUUUCUUGUUUUCCUCCUCCCAAAACUAGGUGCGCCUUAUGGUCUGGUGCGUCAUAUGGAGCGAAAAAUGCAAUAUUUGAAAAUAGCUCCAUAACAAGUCUUGGAAAGCUUUUUCUGCUUUGUCAUUGCUAGAAAGUAACAAAUCUACACCUGGCGGCUUCUACUUUACAGUUUGUAACACUAUAAUUUUUAAUCAGAUAUUAUGUGUGCAUAGAGAAGUGCUAUAUACAGUGUUAAGUGGCAACUCGGUGGAUCAGACUGCACGAUAAUCACUUGCAGCUGCUGUGGCUCACUUCAUCUCUUUCUCCAUGACAUCAGUGCAGCAUUUUGUAAACUGGACAAGCUUCUUGACUUCAUUAACUGGCUAAUUGUUUUUCACUUCGUUCAUCUCCCCCCUCCCCUUUCUCCCUCCAGUUUUUAGGUGAAUAAUAUCAAUGGUUUUUUGAGAUAUUAUACUCUUUCUUCCUCAGCUUGCUGAGAGCCUGCUAGGGAAAUCUUGUGUUUAUAUAAUGAGGGUCAUUGGACUGAGCACAGAGAGCACAUGGGAACUAAUAAAGGCAAUCUUUUGUACUUUGCUCCCACCAAAUUAAAGAAAACAAUGUACAUGUGUACUUGGUUUGCAACAGUUUGGAAUUGUGUUCCUUGUUAAAUACCCUCAUGGCAACCAUUCAGAUUUCUGAAUCAAGGAAAAUGGUUUUUGUUGUAACCAGUGACUCCAAAGAACUGCAUUGCAACUAAUAGCUGAAUUGUAUGCCUGGGACUAUCAAUUUCAGGACCUUGUAUCUGAGUAUAAGGCUGCAAUUCUACAGCACACUUCCCUGAUGAAAUGUCCUGUUGAACUUUGUUUAGGAUUACACUACAUGGUUUUGAUUUAUCAACAUACAAGGCUGUUUUUCAGGUGCAAAUGUACGCUUCAAAAUCCACAAGCAAGCAACAGCAAAUUCUUUCGCAGCAAAUAUGUGUGCAUAUCUUUUAAAAAGCACUUUGCAAUCCCAUACCGUAUAGGUUAAUUGCUGUUUAUGUAUAUAAAUAGACAUCUUAAACAUGUUUGCUGAGAUGUAUGAGCUGAUGUGCAUGUUAUAGCUUUAAGCUGAGACUACUGGAAACCGUUUUGUUGUGUUAACGUACUUCUGCCAAGCCCAGGCUUUCAUUCUGACACUUUCAUUCCCAGGCUACUGCUAUGGCUUCUGGAAAGUGGCUGACACUGACACAGAAACUCUCCAUGCAUAGGACCAGAAUGAUGAGGUGGCUGGCAUUACAUAGCACAGCUACAGUUGGGGUCAGAAAAAUGGCAGAGGCUGCUUUUUAAAGCACUUUGCACAAAAAUCAGGAUCUUAUAGCAGAGCUUGCUUUCAAGUGAGCAGCGAAUAUACACAGCUCUGAUGUCCAUAAAGCAAACCCAUUUAUAUUUGUAGAAUUCCCGCAUUGAUCCAGAUCCUUGUGCACAGCAGCGAGUUGCAUACAGAGUGCUAUGUAUGAGGUCCUUUCCUGCCAAAGUAAUAAAGCAACCAUCUGUUUUCUCAGUGCUGAGGAGACUAGCUGAAAGCAAAGUCCCCAAGCAGGUGAUCAGAGUGCCAUAUUCCUGCAAAUAUUAGAUACUCCUUCUGCCACUGCAAAACCAAAUUUUGCUAUAUCACAAUACAGUGGUACCUCGGGUUAAGUACUUAAUUCGUUCCGGAGGUCUGUUCUUAACCUGAAACUGUUCUUAACCUGAAGCACCACUUUAGCUAAUGGGGCCUCCCGUUGCCGCCUCGCCACUGGAGCACGAUUUCUGUUAUCAUCCUGAAGCAAAGUACUUAACCCAAGGUACUAUUUCUGGGUUAGCGGAGUCUGUAACCUGAAGCGUAUGUAACCUGAAACGUAUGUAACCUGAGGUACCACUGUAACUUAAAUAUAAUUGUGGCCAAUGUUACUUGCUUUUCAAGUUUGUUUGGAGAAUAAUUGUAUGCCCGAAUUAACUCUUAAAGCAGGAGUUGGCAAAAAAUGUUUAGCCGCAGGCUGGUCCACUGUCCCUCAGAUCUUGUGGCGGACCAGAGAAGCAGCUGCCGCUGCUGCUUCUCAUGGGUAGGCAGAGUGAGCUUGUCUGCUCUGCUCUCUGGCCCACAGGAGCACCAGGGCAACGGUGGAAGAUGAGUGGUGCGAAAGGGCUGGCUCUGGACUGCUUAAAAUGGCGCUCAGCCAGCUCAGCCCAGCUCCCUUCCUCCUCUAGGCAGGGCGGGGAGAAGCCAGGAGGAGGGAGGGAGGCACCGCCGCCACGGUGUGUGUGAGGAAGGGGGGGGGGGAUGGAAUGGCACAGGAAAAAAACGGCACAGCCCGAAUGAACAGAAUCUCCAUGCCGAUCCACGGACAGUCCCAGGCCGGAUCUUGAAGGCAAAUGGACCUGAUAUGGCCUGCGGCCCUUAGUUUGCUGACCCCUGUCUUAAAGUAAUUACAUUAAGAUAUUACUUCACUGGGAUAACUCAGUUGGUAGAACGUGAGAGUCUUAAUUUCAGGGUCGUGGGUUCGAGUCCCACAUUGGGCAAAAGAUUCCUGCAUUGCAGGGGGUUGGACUAGAUGCCCCUUGUGGUCCUUUCCAACUCUACAGUUCUAUGAUCCGAUGAUAAUAUGGGAGGGAAGUAUCUAAGGUGGAAGUCCUUUCUGUGCUCUGUGCUCUCAUAUUGUGUUGAGAGUGCGGUGUAGAACUAAAAAGUCACAUGACCUCUUCUGUAAAGAAAAGAAGAGGGAUCCUGCUAGUGAGGCUUGGAAAAUAAGACCUCAAUUCUUCAGAGUACAAAUAUGCAUAGUGAAACCAAAGUACAUUUGCAUUUUAUGUUUCUCAAAGUUUGAAAUCUUGAAUUUGAAGCAGCAGUGUACUGCGACAUUUUCAGCAUGCAGUGUAUCUUUUGUAUCCUGGACAUUUAUAGUAUAUGAGUCUAAUAAUAAUAAUUAAUAAUAGGAAAUUCAUUAUUCAUUUCCUCCCCAGUUGUUACACUUUAUGCCACUCUAGGAGGCCCUGCGAUAGUACAUGGGUUAAAUGAAACUGCAGUGACGACCAUUAUUACCAGCAGAGAAUUGAUGCAAACAAAACUGAAGGUAAGGAUUGUCCUUGACUAGACAAAUUGGUUGCAUGUAUACAAAUGUGGAUUUUGUUUGUUUGUUUAUUCAAUUCUGUAGAGGAAAAGGUGAUAUACAUAUAGUGCAGGUUUUUUCUCUUGCUCUACAGAUUUAUGUUCUUAUGUAACAGAAAAUUAUGGAAGUGUAAAUGAUUUGGAUGCACCUAUAGUUUCCAUUUAAAAAAGGACUGUGAUCCCCACCCCCAAAAUGGUGCUUAACUCAAUACAGUGGUACUUCUGGUUGUGAACGGGAUCCGUUCCGGAGCUCCGGCCGCAUCCCGAGGAAUUCGCAACUGGAGGUCCUGCGCAUGCGCGUGGUGCAGUUUAGUGUUUCUGUGCAUGCGCACGGCAAAACCUGGAAGAAUACGUCUGAGUUUGCCGUGUAUGCAUCCCAAAGGAGUCUGUUUCUGAAGGAUACGUAACCAGAGGUGAACGCAACUAGAGGUACCACUGUACUAGAUAGUCCUCUGACACUGACACACACUUCAGGGUAUGUGGGCAAUUUUUCAUUCUUGCAAAGUGUCAUGUACAUGGACGGUGUGCUAUGUAUAAAUGUUUCAUAUCCUAGUAUUGUGGUAGUAGUAGUUGUUGUUAUAUUUAUUUAUAUCCUACCCUUAGUAGGGCUAUGCUGCCCCAUAUCUUCCAUUUGUGGCCUCUUUGCCCUGGAUCAAGCCAAUCUGCCCUGCUUGUAGCAACCUGGGAACCUACCACCCUGUCCUGGAUCUGUCCCCAAAGCAAGUCAGGAGGUGCAGCUCAGGUGGAGGGUGGGGUUUGUGUGCUUCUGAAUUUGUAAUCUAGCUGCCGUGGUUUGAUCUUAUAUUGUAAAAAGCUGUGUACAUCAGUUAGCCAGUAAUACAGCCUAAACAAUUUUAACAAGAUUUGCCGGGGGGGGGGGGGGGGAGAGCCAGCAAACUUGUCAAGACGUGAUGGGUUGCUCUCUAUUUGCUUUUAAUUGAACGAAGCAUGGAAAAAUCAUCGCAGAUCUGAAGUUUCUUUCCAUAAAAGGGUUUGUUAAAUAUCCUGUUUUUGAGCAUUGGCUUCAUAGGCCAACAUCUUGACUCACAGUGUAACCAUAAAAGCACUUUGGGGACCAUAUGUCUCCAAGUGUAAUCUAUAUUAUAAUUCACUAAAAGUAUUUGUAGCAGCAGAGCCAGGGAACCAAAAGAUAAGAUGGCUAGAGGAAGGAGUGGACAGAAGAAGAGGAAGAAGAAGAAGAAGAAGAAGAAGAAGAAGAAGAAGAAGAAGAAAGGAUAUAUGGAGAAGAAUUCUGAGGGGAAAUGACAAGCGAAAUGGGCAGCUGAGAAAAGCCGUGCCUUUUUAAGUUCAUCAUUAGAACUUUAAUGCACACCGUUUUUAGUGUCAGCAAGAAUUGUUAUAAAUAACAUUGAUACUGUUUAUUCCAAACAUAUUGAAAUUUCACAACUGGCUGGUUGUGGUAGUAAAUAGUAAUUAAUCAACUUGCCCUCUUUUUACCCACCCUUUACCAUAAGGUUCCAGGAAUAGUUAAAAUGUGAAAAUUAAAUCUUAAAAUUGGUUAAAACAAUUUGCAACCAAAAGAAUAGGGUUAAAACAAGUUACGACUGAAAGAAUAUACCUUAAAAAUAUAUUAGCACUGUUAGCAGCUAAAGGUAAAGGGUAAAGGGACCCCUGACCAUUAGGUCCAGUCGUGACUGACUCUGGGGUUGCGGCGCUCAUCUCGCUUUAUUGGCCGAGGGAGCCAGCGUACAGCUUCCGGGUCAUGUGGCCAGCAUGACUAAGCCGCUUCUGGCGAACCAGAGCAGCGCACAGAAACGCCGUUUACCUUUCCUCCAGAGCGGUAUCUAUUUAUCUACUUGCACUUUGACGUGCUUUCGAACUGCUAGGUUGGCAGGAGCAGGGACCGAGCAACGGGAGCUCACCCCGUCACGGGGAUUCGAACUGCCGACCUUCUGAUCGGCAAGCCCUAGGCUCUGUGGUUUAACCCACAGCGCCACCUGCGUCCCCACCUAGCAGCUUAGAUGACAUCAAAUUAGCUUUUUUGAAUGCGCUCUAUUUACAGCAGGUUGAACUAUUAAAGUAUAGAACUGCAAAUGUAGGGCAUUAUGAUUAUUAUGAUGGAAACAGUUAAACUGUUUGCCCCAUCUUUUUCUGCAGAGUAUUGCUUCUCAGAUUCCUCUGAUGCGCCAUAUUAUUACUGUGGAUGGCACACCAACAACAUGGUCAGAAUUCCCCAAAGGGGUAAUCGUUCACACGAUGGCAUCUGUUCAAGCUAUGGGAGAGAAAACAGAAAACUGUACGUAUACCUUGUCCUUUUUCCUAAUGAUAGUAUUUUCUUGAAAAAAGUGAAGGAAAUCUAAGACAUGAUAAUGCUAAAUGUGGUUAAUAUCUUGCCAGUUAUAUUCUGCCCAGGGUAUAUGGUGGAUGGGUGUUGUGUUGAUAACUUAUUAUUUUUAGCGUAUGUUUGUUUAAUCAGGAUACAGAGUUUGUGUAGCAGUAUUUUUUUAAGAAAAUAACUUCUAAGGAAUACCUGAUAUCAGGUGAACCUACCAGUGGAAAGAUGCAUCCUGGUUGCUAGUAAAACAGGAAGGGCAAAUGAAGAUUCCAGGGACUACUAGAAAAUAAGAUGGAAGCAGGAAAAAUGUAUUGUAGGGUAGCGGGAAACAGCAGCACUUUAGGACUCUCAGGGUUCCUGUUCCCUAGUGUCCAGAGAAACCACUUAUCAGUCACAGCCCUGACUUCACUCAUUGGCUUAAAAUGGUGACAUAUAAAAAUGUAGAACACAUUAAGGUUUACAACAAGAAUAACUUAGUAGUCAGUAUUUUAGAUUUUCAGAAUCUUUCAAUUUUGCUUUCUUUCAAAUUGUUUUGACGCUUGCUUCUUUUUUGUUUAAGUUCCAGCCAACAAGCAGAAGCAGAGACCGUUGCCGUCGGACAUUGCAGUAAUAAUGUAUACCAGUGGUUCUACAGGUGUCCCAAAAGGCGUUAUGAUCUCGCAUUGUAAUCUUAUUUCUGGUAUAACUGGGAUGGCUGAAAGGAUUCCUAAUCUUGGGUAUGUAACACACGUAAUCCUAAAUGACGCUUUUAUCGCUUUAUCACUAAAAUUAUUGAAAUGAACACAUUAGUGUAUAUGUUGUUAACGUCCUUAGAGAAAUAUAGUACAAUGCUGGCUUUAAUUAAACUUCUGUUGCACAAAAAGAACCCCUACUGUAAGAACUCUUCAUGCUCACCUAAAAUGUUGGAAUAUAUGUGGUCGAAUUGUUCUGGUUUAUGUUCUUUAGUACUGGAUAUUCAGAAAAGAGAAGUUCUGCGACUGUUUUGGAAGUCUGGCAAGAAUACCAUUUUCAGUACAAAUAGAUUGUCAGGAAUGAUAAAUCACAAAAAACCCCAGACCUUUUUGCACUAGUGUGAUUGUAUUUUGCAAAGACAAACAUGUUUAUUGAAACCUCAAAGCUAUUUGGAACAAGGGCUUUCCUGUAGCUUUGUUUACCCUUUGAUGGUUGAAGCUUAAAUAUACUGCAGAGACACCCAUCCGUGGGCAAAUGGGUGGGGGCGUCUACUUGCCAAUACCUGAAAUUGCAGUAACAUCAAGUGACCUGUUUUUGGCCAAGCAGAUUUUGAAAUGAAGCCACGCCAGAAAAGUCACAGCACCAGUGCCUGCAACCUCCCUUUUGGCUUAGCCCUGUAUUUACCUUCCCCGACAACUGAUGUCCUAUGACUUGGGCCUAGGGCAGAUGAGUGUGUGAUUUGGCCAAAACUGCCUCACAGGCCAAAUGGGGAGACUUUGUGGACCAGAGGUCCCCCCCCCCCCCGCAUUGGUGCUGCAUUUUAUGUUAAUUAAGUAUGGAGAUGAAAUGUUCUGACUGAUUUAAGAAGAAGAAUGGUUAGUAGUCUUACUUCUGGUAAAUCGUGCUGCCAGAAUGCUUUACCACAUGCAUGAGGAGAACGUAUAAUUCAGCCUGCUCUUGUUUAAAUAUGACAAUAUGCCAGCAUUGCAAAGUUGUUGUGCCAGGAUGCUCUUUAGAUUAUAAUGCUGCUGCAGUCUCAAGCAGUGGAUUGACACAACUUGGCACAGAGUUUAUCGUAAUCUCUCUCUUAUUCCCUUAGAGAGAAAGAUACAUACAUUGGAUACUUGCCACUUGCUCAUGUUUUGGAGUUAAGUGCUGAACUUGUUUGCUUGACUCACGGAUGCCGUAUUGGCUACUCAUCACCUCAAACAUUAAGUGAUCAGGUAAGGGUCUCCCACUUCCAAUCAAAUCAGACCAUAGCACGGUUUUUAAAAGCACGUUUUUCUACUACACAAAUUCCCCAUCUGACACCCCACACUAAAAGGAGAGAAAGCUGAACAAGCACACAGUCUGCUUUGCUUAGACCUUGUAUCAAUGGCGGCUUCUUCAUGGGAGUCAGUAGUUCUGAUCUACUAUGCAGCAAUGAUUCAUUUAUGAAUCUGCCUUAGUUCAGCGGAAACAAAAAAAGCACUUUAAGGGUAUUUACAAGGAAGGGUUGCCUGCCCAAAGAUGAAGGUAAAGAAGUGGUGUUUCUGUCCUAAAAGAAAGUUCUUUGUAUUAUUUGGGCAAUUUGUUUUAAGCAUGUAAACUGAGUGCAUUUUACCCUUAUAAUUUGUGCACGUUCUGCCCUGAUACUGCCUGGCAUGUAAGUGCUUAAUAAACACACAAGCAUAACGUGACUAAUCCCCCCCCUUUUUUUCAAAAUCUGCAUCAUCCACUCUCCAACUGUACACACAACAUUUUGUGUCCAACUACCCACUGAAAACAACCUUGGAUCACAGUAUCAAAUUAUGCAUUUUUAAACUUGUCUAAAAUAUAUGUGAAAUUAAGUAUUUGUCUACUUAAGAGAUACCCUCUUAAGUACCCUGUUUCAAUAUCUCUGACGAAAAUAUGUCGUAGAUGCUUUCUGACCCAGCGCUAUGGUGAAACAUGAUUUCUUUUCAGCGUGUGCAUCUUUUACGCCGAGCAAACAAGAGGAUUUUUGAUGAAGACUAACUUAAGGUUACAUGUUGCUUUAUUCACUUCUCUUUUAGUCCUCUAAAAUAAAGAAAGGAAGUAAAGGUGAUGUUUCUGCACUGAAGCCAACUCUAAUGGCAGCUGUGCCGGUAAGUUGUGCAUUUGAAGCCUGCCUUUUUCAAGAGUUACAUACGAUGAGAUGAUGAUUUGAAGGUAGUACCUUAGGAAUUUCUCUAUUGCCUGCUUAAGCGGUUCCCAUGUAAUCCUUCAUUCCACUAUGGGACUGUGCAUGGGAAUAAUAUGCGGGAUCUCAUGACAGGUUUGUAGUUGCGUCACUAAAUGCCUCCUGCUUCUGGAACUUCCCUGAAAUAUCCACAUGGUUGGGUGAAUUCAUGUUUUCAAUCAACAACAAUGAUAAAACUAAUCCUGCCAAUUUAUAUUAUUAAUAAGUUGCUUAAAACAUAGUAUUAAUAUUUACUAUGACAUGUUUCCUGACAAUCACAAGUGGAAUAAAGCUUAUUUUCCUCCUCUCGCCUCCUCAGUGCAGCCCCUCAAAAAGUAGUAUGAGCAGAUAGAUUUGAGGGGAAAACAGUUAACGUUUGAAGUUGUUUUAUGCCAAGCUUUCUGUUAUAGUUCAUGCUGUGUAUCAAGGGCGGGGAACUGCUGGCCCACAGGCAAAACUUGACAUGCCAGGCCUCCCCAUUUGUCCCGCCAGGCCAUUUUUUAGGAAGCCAUGUCCACCCACUCUAGACCUCUAGACCUGAAAUUGUCCAUGAUGUUGGUAAGGAUGGGGCUUCAGAGGAACAGUUGGGAGCUUAAAGUGAGCUCUGGUGAGAGCACACCUUGCUGAAGGAGGGGGAAGCUGUUUCCAUUCAGUUGAAACUUCUUCUCUCUCCCAGUGCUGCUCUUUGAACCUCCAAAAGCUGGCGGUUAAAGUGUUGUACUGUUUGAAAGCCCUUUCCCAAACAGUCCUACACUGCUCUUUAAAACCUCUGUGCUGCUCCUCAAACCUCUGAAGACUUUGGAAGCAGUGCAGAAUGGUUAGGGAAAGGGCUUUUAAACAGCCCUUUGUAAACAGCACGGCACUGUUCCUUAUGGCCCUGUUUUAGGAGGUUUCAGGAGCUACGUGGGGAUGUUUGCAAAGGGCUUUCAAGCAGCCCUACACUGCUCUUUGAACUCCUGAAAACCAAAGCCCACCUGUCAAAUUUGGCCUGCCCCCUCUAAUGUUCUCUAAUACUAAUACCCUCAGAGACCUGUGCAGUAAAUCGAAAUGUAUCGCCUGUUGUUGGCUUGCUUUGAUAUGCCUAAUUCAUUUCUGUAUCUAGGAAAUCAUGGAUCGAAUCUACAAAAAUGUCAUGAAUCGAGUUAACGAAAUGUCCAAUUUCCAACGUAAUCUGUUUAUAUUGGCUUAUAAUUACAAGAUGGAACAGAUUUCAAAAGGCUACACUACUCCAUUGUGUGACAGGUAGGUAACUGAUGGAGUGGUGUGCGUGUUUUUCCCCUUAAGGGGUGAAGAUUUUACUUGGGGAGAUGGACGGAUGAAGAGCGGCCUGCAUGGCUGAAUCUGUCACGGAACCAGGACACUUUGCUGGCUAUUAGAAGACAGGGCUAGGUAGCAAUACACAAAUCUGGUAGUCUGGAUGGGAGGAUAGGUACCUUAAUUAAUGAUCAAAACCAGUACUUUGAAUUGAGCCUGGAAAUAAAUUGAAGAGUAUUGCCGUUGUUUUCUGAGUGUCUUUGGGCAUAUUUCUGUGGGAAAGCAGCAUGCAAAUUUAAACAGUAAAAAUAAUAAGGUAUUUAAAAGAAAGAAAAAAACAUUUAUAUUACUCAGUUGCCUCGUCUGUAUUGCCCGGUCUGUAUUCCCUCUCAUCUGCCUUUGUUUAUAAACUUACACACACUCUCUAGGAAGUACGGUAAUUCCCAUUAAAAUCAGUGGGACUUGCUUCUCCAUAAGCAUGCAUAGAAUACAUCAUUUUUUAAAAAUAUGAUCCCUUUCCAUAGAAAAACCAUGCUCAAAGUGGCUAACUACAGGAGUAGUUAUAAAUAAUAAGCAAAACACAUCAAAAAGUAUACAAAAUCGAACAGUUUCCACAUAAAUUGUGCCAUAUAUGUUGCAGAACUUUCUAUGUGCAGUGAUUUCCGUGUCUUCUUUAUUAUAUUAUUUUUAUUGAGCAAUAAAAACAUACUCUCAACCUUUUUAGACUUAUUUUCCGGAAAGUCCGGAUGCUGCUGGGUGGGAAGAUUCGGGUCUUGUUGUGUGGAGGAGCUCCACUUUCUGCAGCAACUCAGAGAUUCAUGAACAUCUGUUUCUGUUGCCCAGUGGGACAGGGCUAUGGACUAACAGAAUCCUCUGGGGCUGGAACGAUAACAGAAGGUAAGUGGCGGGUUUAGGUUGAGUUGCCAAUCCAGGUGUAGAGCUUUAGUUAGGUGUUACCAGUAAAGUCAUAGUACUUUACUCCAAAAUCUCUGUAAAGUUGACAUGUAUUUUAAUAUGGAAUUUUCUUCUAUAAUAAUGCAUUUUUAACUGCUGAUUUGUCAGUCUUUUAGGUCAGCUUGUUUUUACACCUGACUUUUCUUGAUAAUUAUUAAUGUCUAGUUUAGAGGUUUUUAUGAUUUAAGCGGUAUACAAAUUCUAUUAAAUAAAUAAAAACAAAUGGUGCAUGAGGUAUUCAAAGAAAUACUUUGAUGGUUUCUAAGCUGUACUUCUUGAGUUCCUAAUGAUGUUUUAUUUUCCAAAAUUUCAGUUUGGGACUAUGCCACAGGCAGAGUGGGCGCACCCUUGGUUUGCUGUGAAAUCAAGCUCAUGAAUUGGGUAGAAGGUGGGAAGUUCUUUAUUCAAUGUGUGAUUAUUAUCCUUUUGUUUGAAGACAGACUGAAACAUUUUGUUUAAAUCGAAUACUGUGGCAGUGAUCCAGUGAGCUCUUUAUUAACAUGCUUCCAAAGGCUGGCUUGCUGGUGGCUGGACUAAAAGCAACUCCCUCUGAUGUUUCAUAAACUACCUAUGAGAGCAGAAUUAGUCCUAACAUCAGAGAUCAUUUAUCAGCUUUCCCAUGAUGAUAUUUCCCCCGCAUUAGCUUUAAAAACAGCCAGUGGCACCUGAUUUGGGUUGAAGAUGUAGCCCUGCAUUUAAUGAUCCUUUUCCUUUGACUAUUUCCAAGACUGUGAAGCAGCCCACUGAAACUCUUAGCAACAGGUGGAGGGGAGGAAACAGCGACGUCUCUGAGAGAGAAAAUUCGGCUUGGGAGGACAUGUGUUAGGCGCAUAGUACCCCAAAUGCAGGUCCUCUCUGCCACACAUUCUUCCAUGCCUUAUGUUCCAUGGUGAAAAGCUUGAGGUCAAGAGGCAGGUUGCUUGUUUUCCUCCAGCGUCACUGCCAGCUGAAUAUCACCCAUGAUCUGCGUUCCAUGCCAUCUGAGGAAAGAGAGCUAAAACCCCUUUGCUCAGCUCACCCUUCCCUUUAAACCUUCCCCCCCUCCCGCAAGGUGCACUUUAUCAAUUAGCACAAGGUUUUGUUUGUGUCUUCUCAAAAAGUAGUAGUCGGUGGAGAGACAGCUUAGUCAAUUCAUUGAGCAAAAAGAACAAAGGGUUAAACACAAUCCUUUUUCCCUGUCUCUAAUUACAUUUCCUAAGACUGGAAACUUAUGAUCUCUUGCUAUUCUGCACAAUAUCGUACUGCUGCCUCUCUCCCAGGUGUGAAGUGUUUUAAGUCUCCAUAGAAUUCCCCCUUAAAUAGCCCACACAUAGCUAGAUACUGGUAGGUAGCCGUGUUGGUCUGAUGCAGAAGAAAUAUAUAUAUAUAAAUAAAAAAUUGUCCAGUAGCACCUUAGAGACCAACUAAGUUUGUGCUUGGUAUAAGCUUUCUUGUGUAUGCACACUUCUUAGUUGGUCUCUAAGGUGCUGCUGGACAAUUUUUUCUUAUUUUUUAAAUAUAUUUUUAUAGCUAGAUACUGCUAGUCUUCCCCUGUCUGCCCUGUGUAGGUUAUAGGCACAAGGGGUUUUUGGAGCUCUUAUUUCCCAUCUUUCAGACAAGAGAAAUGUCAACCUAGGAACAUAAGAACCUAGGAACAUCUACUCCAACAUCCUGUUCUCAUGGUGUCCAACCAGCCAUACAUGCCAAACUCAUAAGCAGGACCUGAGCACCAGAGGACUCUUCUCUCCUGUGGUUUCCACCAGUUGCAACUUAUGGAAGGCAAAUGAGUAUGGAUGCAUUCCAUAAGAAAUAGGAAUCCUGAAUUCAUGCUGGGAAGAAAUGAUACAUUGGUUUUCUAGCUGAACAUCUUGUGUCAGUUUUUCAAUAAAUCACCUGUCGUGUUGUGCACAGAAAUGUUGGAAUAAAUAUUCUUAAAAGAAAGGGCAAGAAGAUCAGCAAUAUUUUCAGCGUAUUUGUUCUAUUUUCAGCAGCCUGGAGAAAUAAUCCAAGCACUAUAUAUUUUUGUUUCUCUUUUAAAUUAUAUUAUAAAGUCUGCUAGAUAAAGAAAUAUUAAUGAAGAGAAACAUACACAAGGACUUGCAAUGCUUCAAAAUGCUGGAUUCACUAAAGUUCAGUGUAAACUGCAUUUGAUUUGUUUCCCCGCUUACUUUGAGCCUCAUGAUGGAAACUGUGAGUCAUUGUUAAUGAGAUAAAUGUAGACAACUAGGUCUAUAAAACUGGCACCCUAGCAGCUGUGUGUUAGAGUGAAUUGUUUGGAUUCAGAUGUGGAAGACUUGGGCUCAAAAUCUUGUUCUUAGGCAUUGCUUUCAGGGCCACUGCACAUACUAACCUCUGUGUUGAGAAACGUAAUCUGCAUAUUGGAAGAGCACAUGUUUUGCCCCAUUGCAUCAUAUAUCCUUUUCCAUUUUGCUAAGUGUGUGUGAAGUGGCGUCUCAUUUCAUCUGUUAUCUAAAUAAGCUGUACAAUCAACUAAUUUCAUCUCUAGACAGCUUUUGAAGUUCAAAUUGAUUCAUUCGCAUCCUGUGCUCCCUGAAAUUGGCUUGUCUGGGGUCAGGAGACACCCCAGAACAGCACACAAGGGAGGAAAGGGGGAUUGUUCUAUCUGGCAAGCUGUAAUACUUGAGCUGUUGGAACAUUCAUCACAGUGCAACAGUGAAUUCCACCCAAAGUUCUCUUCCUCUGCACAUCCUCAGUGGUUUGGGCAUUGUAACAUUCUGAGGUAUUAUUGCUUACGGUUUUCAAGUUUAUGUUGCCUUGAAACAUAGCAUAACAUAUUUUGGAAUGUGGCUACUCCGUAUUUUAAAAAUAUACGGUAAAUAUUUACACAUUAAAACCCCCCCUUCAUGGAAUUUAUAUUAUAGGUGGAUACUUUAACACAGACAAACCAUAUCCUAGAGGUGAGAUUGUUAUUGGAGGUCAGAACAUAACUAUGGGCUACUACAAAAAUGAAGAACGAACCCAAAGUGAUUUCAUGGUGGAUGAGAAUGGACAGAGGUGGCUCUACACUGGUGACAUUGGGGAAUUCCAGGCAGAUGGUUGUCUAAAAAUUAUUGGUGAGUUAAUCCUGUAAUAUUUGACUGAGCUAGACUAUUGCAGUAAUACCAUUUCAUGCCAUGAACAUGGUUUUUCUAUGAUUUAUAUGAGCAUGUUCAAGAUUUAAAUGCAUGUUGUGGGACUUUAUGAAGUCACUAGACAAAAGGUUUAAUGCAAGAUCAUUUUUUUAAAAAGUCCAGCCCAUGAUUGAUCUGUUGAAGGGCUAAGCACAUUAGCAGAAGUUAGCCACAGAAAUCCAGUCUAGAUAAUUAAAUCUCAGAUUUCCCUGAAGAGGGAGUGAUUAUGGAAUUCUGUGAAGCUGGUCCUGAAGACCUUCGCUUCAUUACUGUAUUUUAGUUUUUACUAUUAUAUUGAUGAUUAGGCUUUUGGUGUUAGGAAAUGGAUAUCUUAAAUGGUUUCAUAUUGUAUAGGAUUUGGAUGGUUUUGUAUAUCUUUGUGAGCUGCUUUGUGGAGUGUGGUUCACAAAAGGCAGAAUAGAAAUCCGUUAAGUAAAUAAAAAUAAAAGAAACUCCACGUCUGCAGUGAGUCUCCUCCUGUACACCUGUGUUUAAUGUAUUCUGAACUUUUAAUGAAUAUCACAUUAAUUUUAUUUCUCCUUUUUAUAGAUCGGAAAAAAGAUCUUGUAAAACUUCAAGCGGGAGAAUAUGUUUCUCUCGGUAAAGUUGAAGCUGCUUUGAAGAAUCUUCCACUGAUAGAUAAUAUUUGUGUAUAUGCGAGCAGGUAAGACAGCCCAUGUAAUCUUGUGUUUGUGCUAGAGCAGUGUUUGCAUCUAGAAACUUUUAUAUGCUUUUAGCUGAAAAGUUAUCACAUGCCCUUUUGAAUUUGCAUAGACUUGAUAGGAGAAUAAAUUCCUUCUGAUCCAUUCAUCACCAGCUGGUGAAUCAAUGGCAAAGAAGAAGAAAAAUUAAAGCUAGCUGUGAGUUACUGUCCAAAAACAUCCAUAUUUAAUUGUCUUUGAAGGGAACUGCUAAUAGGUUUUUGUCCCAAGACCAACUGCUGAAUUGGUUUACAGAACUCCCAUAAGCUUAGAUCUUGGCUACAUGUUACAGCUGUUCACACUGGAAGCAGAUACUGGAAUCCUGAAGCUCUCCUUCCCACAUCUUGUCCUGUCGGGCAAGGAGAAAUGGAGUGUCUUCAAGCCCAGGCUCACCCAUUGCCUUUCCCUGAUCUCCUAGGAAGGAGGAAGGGUACCAGGCAAAUGAAAAGAGUAGGAAAUAGCUUUUUGCCUGACAGAGGUGUUUUGUUUUUGUUCAUUUUAAUCUAGUUCGUCCUGUGGAAAGUGCAAUUGCAAAUCUUCAUUGUUCCCCAUCAACUCCUACUGACACUUAACAAACAAGAUUUAACUAAUCAGUAAGAUUUAACAUCCUGCCAACCUAGCAGUUCGAAAGCACCUCAAAGUGCAAGUAGAUAGAUAGAUACCGCUCCGGUGGGAAGGUAAAUGGCGUUUCCGUGCACUGCUCUGGUUCGCCAGAAGCGGCUUAGUCAUGCUGGCCACAUGACCCGGAAGCUGUACGUCGACUCCCUUGGCCAAUAAAGCGAGAUGAGCGCCGCAACCCCAGAGUCGGUCACGACUGGACCUAAUGGUCAGGGGUCCCCUUUGCCCUUUUAAGAUUUAACAAUUGUCUCUUUGCCUGAAAAAAAGUAUUUCCUGCUCCUUUGGUUUCCCAGGGGCUCUGUUGCUGAGGGUCUUUAAAGGUUUGUUCCUGUAAUGUCAAACCAUGGUUUUGGUUUUAUGUCUGAGCAAGUCUGAUACGAUGGCUUUACAGUGCAAACUUGCCAUGGGGUGCACGCUGCAAUAGUAACUCUUUGGCAAAAGUAACAUGUGCUCCACUCUAUACUUGGGCAUAAGUUUAGGAAAAAAUGUGAUCCAUGUACAGUGGUACCUCGGGUUAAGUACUUAAUUCGUUCCGGAGGUCCGUUCUUAACCUGAAACUGUUCUUAACCUGAAGCACCACUUUAGCUAAUGGGGCCUCCUGCUGCCGCCGCGCCGCCGUAGCACGAUUCCUGUUCUUAUCCUGAAGCAAAGUUCUUAACCUGAAGCACUAUUUCUGGGUUAGCGGAGUCUGUAACCUGAAGUGUAUGUAACUUUAAGCGUACGUAACCUGAGGUACCACUGUAUAGUAAAAUACGAAAAGUUGCAUAAAGCCAAGAAGAAAUAUAAACAUCAGUCUGAAAUGGUGUGCAUCUCUCUCACUCUCUCUUUUUAGUUUCCAGUCUUACGUCAUUGGAUUUGUUGUGCCAAACCAUAAAGAACUUAAAGAGUUAGCACGAAAGAAAGGAUUUAAAGGAACUGUGGAGGAGAUAUGUAACAGUCCUGAAAUGGAAAAAGAAGCACAGAAGAUUAUAGCUGAAGCUGCUCACAUAGGUAAGCAAAGUUGCAAAGUAAAAUGCAGAAUAACUGUUAAUUAAAGAAAGGUAUCAGAAAAGUGAUAGGAUCUUCUUGAAAAGAUUAGAUUCGUUUUCAUCACCACUAGUUGUUGAGGAAUUGCUUAAAAAGCAACAAUUAAAAAUUACAGAAGAGCUUCAUCUGCUUUCCCACAUCCUGUUUCCCACACUAGCCAACCACAUGCUUCCAGGAAGUUCACAACCAAGGCAUUAAGGCAACAGCUCUUCCCUGCUGUUGCUGUUCAUAUUCCCCAUUCACAUACUCAUCUUCCAUGAAUGUGACUAAUCUUCUGUUGAAGACCUCUAAGCUCAUGUUCAUCACCACAUCUCAUUGCAUGGGAUUCCACAAAUUAAUGAUUCAUUGUGUAAAAUACCUCAUUUGUCUGCCUUGAAUUUGCUGCCCAUUUCUUUCAUUGGAUGACACCAACUUUAGUACAGUAUUGUCAAAGCGGGAAGAACUUGCUUUCUUUCUGCACCCCAUACCUGUUUUUCAAAACCUCUGUGAUUCCCAUUUUUCUAAGCUAAACACCCAAAAUGUUUUCGCCUUUCCUCAGAGGGGGUGAUGCUGCAGUUCCUUGAUCGUUUUGGUUGACCUUUUUCUGCACCUUUCCCAGCUCUGUGCUGUCCUCUUUGUAAUCCACUGUAUAAUUGGAUGUUUUUUCUCUCUCUGUUAUUGUAGCUAAUCUGGAGAAAUUUGAAAUCCCACUCAAAAUUCGUUUGAGCCCUGAACCUUGGACCCCAGAGACGGGCUUGGUGACAGAUGCCUUCAAACUAAAACGGAAAGAGCUUACUGCACACUACCAGGAAGAUAUUAAUCGAAUGUAUGGAACAAAAAUAAAAUAA